AGAAGCGCGACCACACCCGGGAAGUCCGAGCAGCAGCGGCCUUCACUUUCAUUUCCCAAGGAUCCUGGAUCCUCAGUUACCCGCGGUUUCGUUUCCGAGGCGUGGCCGAGGGCGCGGCCCGGACACUCAUGGCCUUAGUGAGCCGCCCUCGAGCCCCACUAUGGCUUGGGCGACUGUCGCGGCAACUGUCCUUGCUGCACGGGGCCUGCUCUGGGACCAUGGCUCGGCCGCGGCGCUUCACGGUGGAGCUGCCGGAUUGCUCCUUGAUUCAUUUCACCCUGGGGGACUCGGCGGGCCACCAGGACGCACGCCUGGCCGCUCUGCUAGGGCCCCCAGGGCGCAGCUAUGCGCUGUGUGUGCCACUGGUUCCGGGCAAAGGCUGCGGGCCCCGGGUGCAGGCGGCCCGGCUGCACCAGCGCCUGAUGCUGCAGCUGCGCCAGGGUCCUUUGCAGCGGUGCCAGCUGAACAAGCUGCUAGGCUACGGCCCAGGCGAUCAAGCAGGUGAAGCCCAGCAUGGCUUCCUGCUGCGCGAUCCUAGCGACCACCCGGACACCCGGCGCGCCUUGUUGCAGCUUCUGGAUUCUUGCCAGGAGGCGGCGCACCUGCAGUUGGCCGAGUUCCAGACCGACCCUCAGGGUUUGUUGCGGCAGCAUUUGUGGGAGCUGCAGGGAGAUGAGCGAGUGCAGGUGGACUGCGCAUGCGUCCUGCCGGCACCGGCGCCUUCUCUCCACCCAUUGCUGCCAGAUCUGUUCAACUCUGCAGUGUUCCAAGACCGGAGUGCUGCACGGGCGGUAUUGGAGGAGUGUACGUCCUUUAUUCCUGAAGCCCAGGAAGUGCUUCAUCUGGUUAACCAGUGCCCACAGGAGAUCCAGAGAGGAAAGUUCCAAGUUGUUGCCAUUGAAGGACUGGAUGCCACUGGUAAAACCACGGUGACACAGUCGGUGUCAGAGUCUCUCAAUGCUGUUCUCUUACAAUCACCACCACCCUGCAUCAGCCAGUGGAGGAAAAUCUUUGAUGAUGAACCUACUAUCAUUCGAAGAGCAUUUUACUCUUUGGGCAAUUAUCUCGUGGCUUCUGAAAUAGCUAAAGAAUCAGCCAAGUCUCCUGUUAUUGUAGACAGGUACUGGCAUAGCACAGCCACCUAUGCCAUCGCCACUGAGGUGAGUGGAGGCCUGCAGUACCUACCUCCUGCCCACCACCCUGUGUACCAGUGGCCAGGAGACCUGCUGAAGCCCGACCUAGUUUUGCUGCUCACUGUGAAUCCUGAGGAGAGAGUGAGGAGACUGCAGGGCCGAGGCCUGGAGAAGACUAAGGAAGAGGCAGAACUGGAGGCCAAUAAUGUGUUUCGACAGAAGGUGGAAAUGACGUACCAGCGGAUGGAGAACCCAAGUUGCCAGCUGGUCGAUGCCAGCCCCCCAAGAGAGACAGUCCUGCAGAAAGUUUUAGAGCUCAUCCAGAGCGCUGGUCAUUAACUGCAGCUCCUCUGACCUGACCAGGGUCCUCAUUACAUCAGAGGAGAAGCUGUGUGGUGCACCUAACCCUAGCACUUGUCCUGCGGCUUCUUAGAUUCAGGUGGGAUGGCCAUAUUUAGGGGAGAAAACUGGAGACUGAGCAUAUUUUCUUUACUUCUGACUGACUGAGCCAGCCAUAGUGGCUGAUUCCUUCCUGCCUGGCCAUAGACUGUCUUCUUGGGAUCUAUUUUAAUACCAUGGCCUUCUGAUCCAGGGGUGAGCCUGCUGGAGGUCUCCCUGUACCUGGAAGCUAAGGAUGUCAGCUGUGGCCCACACUGAUCAAUUGUGAUGAACUAGCCUCAUUUUUUUUUACCCCAAAUCCUAUAGCUAAACAUUGUCACAGAGCCUGGCUGUCCAAGGAGCCAUCUAGGGGAGGGAACACUUCUAAAUAAGCCAUUGACCUUGCUUCAGAGGCUAAAGGAGCACUUUGGACAGUGCCCUGAGGGAGCACCUCAGAGUUGAACAGAUGUGUGUCUCUAAACUGCAAGCACUCCAGCACCCUCCUGUUCUCCUUUGCUUGUCUGCAUUCCAUUUCUCGCCUCUGAAAUCUGGUUCUGAGCGUAAUGAGCAGUCUGCACCGAGCUGGAUGCAUUUCACUUACCCAGCGCAGCAAUUUGUUUAUAUUGAUGUUUACAUCUUGUGUUUCCUUAGUGUAGGAGCUGUGAGUCACUAACCAAAACCGAGGCCAAGGAGCUAAAUGCAGCAUUUGCGCUAUAUGUUUUCAUUACACAAAUUUAAUUUAUCUUAAUAAGCAUCGUGGAUUCUGGAACGAGACUUCGUAGUAAAUCAUCUUGCACUGUGAAUGUCUCCUGAUUGCAUGUGAAGUCAGCUUUGAGGUUCUCUGGAUAGAGAACAGAGCUGUGGCAGGGAAGCCUGGUGGCUAUGUAGCCUUGACAGAUUCAUUUAACAUUGAUAAUGUCAACAGUGAGAUCUAGAAGGGGACAGUUGAUGGGCCUGUGGCAUAACCCUCUAGUAAUAUUUACUUGGAAGCCUGAGAAUAGAAAAUCGAAAGUUCAAGGCAUUCUUGGGCUACAGUGUAAGUUUGGAGCUAGCCUGGGCACUGCAGUGA